UGAUUGAUCGUACAAUACAAAAUAUUUUGUAUUCUGCUAUUUCUUAAACUCUUCAUGUAAGAAUACUAUCGAAUUUAUUAAAAAAGUAUUACAGGUUGCCUAUUUACUUGUUAACGUGAACUUCAAAAUAAGAUCAGUACUGAAAUUCAAGCCAGUUUUUGGUGACACUUCACAAAACAUAAUUUCACGACAAUAAAAAACAAAAAAAUCAACUACUUCCUCAUAAAAAGUGUUCCGAUUUCAAAUUAGAGUGACCAAAGAUGCUGCCACGACAAUACUACGGGGAACAAGAGAUGAGAAAACGUCAAAUAGAUACGCUAAAAAUCUUCAACGAUCAUGUAGUCGAAGUUAAAGAUAAUGCUGAAUAUCGCGUCGAAUUCAUAGCUGACGCGAAAAAUAUGAGCUUAACAGUGAUUUUAGGGCCAGACUUUCCUAAUGAAAAGCCUACAAUUUUCGUUAACCCACCUAUACCUCAUCCUUGGAUAGGUGAAAACUCCAAUCAAGUUAUAGGUGCCCCUGGUCUAUUGAACUAUACGUUACAUUCAGAUUUAGGUCGUGUAGUCCAAGCUAUUAUAAGGGAGUUUCAGAAAUCGAUGCCUAAGCUCUCAAAUUCGGAGGAAGUGCCAAAAAGUAAUGAUGUGAGCCCUCAAGCGAACUUUAAUGUACAAUCAAUGAUGUUUCCUGAAUUAAAUGAUUGCUGUGUUGAAGAAUUGCAGGAGAUAUUGCAUAAUACUGAUUUACAGGACAAAAUAAUAGAAGUAAACCCCCAACUCGUGGAAAUGGACCUUGAAACGGAAGAACUAAUGAACAGUAUCGAGAACAUAGCCCAAGAAAAUAUCGCCAAACAACAACAGUUGGAUGAUUUAAAAACCGAAGUUAUCGACCGCAUAUCCACCAUCGUUCAGAUGAAAAUGAACUUCGAAGAGCUGAACCGUAAGCAUAUGAAGUUAGCGGAAAUGUAUGACCCGCAUCGAAUUAGAGAUUGCUUGAAGGAGGCUGCGUUAAAGGCUGAUGAGGAGUCCGAGGUUAUUGCGGAGCAGUUCUUGACGGGUAACAUGCCAGUUGAAACGUUCAUAGCGAAGUUUGCUGAAAAAAGAGGUCUUGGUCAAGCUAGACGGGCGAGAGAAGAACGGAUUGCACACCAACUGGCACAACUAGACAGAGCCACGACCAAAAGUUAAAAGAAAAAAAAACAUUCCAAUUGACAGCUGUCAUAGCUGUCAAUGUCAAAAUUGCCGCCAAUUUUUUUAGAAAAGGCGCUAUUUAUUAAGCUUUGUUGUUGAUUUUGUGUUGUGAUUGAAAUGUAGGAUAUAUGUAUAUGUAAUCUUUGAAUGGGAUAGUGCAAUCGGAGAUUUUAAACUAAUUACCUGCACUACACAAUUGGUUAAAGUAUCAUAACUGAUGAUUUUAUGAGAACGCACCCAAUUGUUUUUGUUUGGAUAUUUAUAAAUACUUCUGCAAUAAGUAUUCAUAAGGCUGUUCGCCUAUACCAGACUUUGUAGCACAGAAAAUCCGACUGAUUUUUGUAGGACGUUCUGACUAAGAUUUUCUGACCAACUUUCUGUAGGACGGGAGCGUUGCGGUGUAGUUAUCGACACGAAUUUUGAGCUCUGACCUUCACCUGCGCAGAAGUAAUUUAUUGGGUUCCUUUUGUGGUAUGAAGUGAGGCGCGGGGACGGGGCGGUAAAGCGGUGAUUGGCCCGCAGUGCAUCGCGUCAUAGCCGUCACUCGGGAUUGGUUCUUUGCUAAUAAAUCACUUCAUUCCUCAACGCGCGCGCACAUACAGUUGACGUGCACACAGUUCCUCCGUAUAUACCGAUAUAUAAAAAAAAAACUUUGGUAUUAAAUCUAAGCAAUAAACAAAUUGAGUACUUACACUCAUAGUGUACAACUUAGUUAAAUGUGCUUGUAUUAUCACAAUAAAUUAAUGAAGUAAAGUUAAGCGAACAAAGAACAAAAAUUGCUGCGAGUCAUCGUCCUGCAAGUACACAACCAGUGAGUCACCAAGCUGCUUCGCUCCUAUUCGUCGGCAAGCGGUGAGUCCCAAAGCGCGCGGUGGCACCAAACGCUACCGUAUAUGGUCACAAACACCACUUGACUGGAUCGACACUGCUUCCGAAACAAAUCGGUUAAUUUCACCACCCCGUCGAAGAGCAACGCAGAGGGUCGAGACACACGUCGGACUGGCGAGAAUAGGAGUGCAGGUUCGCUACCCAGAUCACGAGAUUAUUUUUGCAAGUUUAUUUUUUUUUUUUUUUUUUUUAAACUUGUUUUUGUUUUAUUUCCUUAUAAAAUAAAACAGAACUUUGCUUAUUUGUGGCCAACAAAACAUCAAAAGCUGUUAUUAUUGCCUUUUUUUUUGCACUAACUCCAACUUCAUGGUGUAAAUAUGAUGAAGCGCACUCCGACAAAGUCACGUCCUCUCUCUGAGUCAGAAGCCGAAUCGAACAUACGCACUCAACCACAGAACCUUAUGAAAAUGCCUACCUCCACUCCCACUGUUCCUGAAAACGAGAAUGUAAAUACUCGUAAACGCAAAGGUGAUGAUUUUAUGAACGAAAUCCGUGACCUACUGGAGUCUCAUACAGCUCAGGUGGAUAGGAAGUUAGAGGAGCUUCAGAACACAAUAAAGGAGAUUAUUACGCAAAAUACGGAAAUAAAAGAAAAAUUAAUUACUCUAUCCAUGCAAUACGAGCAUAUUGUCAUUAGAACAGAGACCUUGGAAGCUGAGAGGAAAUCUGAUUUAGACUAUAUUAUUCAGUUGGAAGAUCGCAUUGAAAACUUGGAAAGGAUGUCAUGCCUGUCAAGACUAGAAAUAAGAAAUAUUGCGAAGCCAAUUGGAGAGUCUAAGGAAGACCUGCGCAAAAUCGUCACAGAAGCGGCCAACGUUCUCGGUGUAUCCAUCCAAUCUUAUGACAUUAAAGAUUUAUUUCGGUUAAACAGGAAGGAAGGCGUAUCACCAAUAAUAGUGGAUUUUGCGAACAUUGAUAUUAAGGCCCGGUUCAUUAAAAGUGCACGGAACUUUAAUAAAACCAACAAAGAUAAUAAGUUUAACACAUCACAUUUAAAAUUAGAGGGCCCCCCUAAACCGGUAUAUCUGUCCGAGUGCCUUACACAAAAAGGUCAGCAACUAUUCUACCUUACUAGAAAAUUUGCUAAAGAGAAUACUUAUAAAUUCUGCUGGACUUCUCUCGGUAAAGUAUUCCUUAGAAAAAGUGAAGGAGACCGGCAGAUUCUUAUUAAAAAAGAAACAGACAUAGAUCUCCUCCGUCAGGCUAAAUGACUAGUUAAGUGUUUAUGUACUUAUUUUCUUGAACACCCAUAUUACUGUAAUAACUUUUUUAUUCUUACUUUUUGCAUGCUUUGCGCUCAUUCAAAAUUAUCUCGUACAAGUAUUUUCGUAUUGUUAAUAAUUAAGUAUUUCUACUAUUAUGUUUACUGUUUAACUACUCACAAUCACUACACAUCAAAACAUAAAACUCACCCAUCUUUUUUACUAAAACUAAAACACAAAACAUCUCCUUGCUUAUUGCUAUGUGCUUUCAAUACGGUAUAUUUCGCAGUUUUUGGUGUCCUGGUAGAAUGCUUCAGCUAUAUCAUCGCUAUUAUUUCUGUUUUUAUUUAUACCUCAAAAGAACAUGGUUGAUGUAAAUGGUAUCGCAAAUGACAUUGACGAUUUCGUCAGUGUCGGCGAUGCUAUAGCUGUUGAUUUUCCGGAAAACUGCAAGGCUGCCUUUGACCCAAAUGCAAAGACGUUUUCAGUAUUACACCAAAAUAUCAGAAGUCUAAACUGUAACUAUGAUGGGCUUACUGUUCUCCUCAAAAGACUAGACAUCAAUUAUGAUCUUAUUGUGCUUACUGAAUCUUGGCUAUCCAAAAAUUCAAUCAUACCUGUAAUGCCUAAUUACACAACUCAUAUUACUAAAUGCCACCUAAAUCAAAAUGAUGGUAUCGUAAUAUAUCUAAAAGAUAGUAUACACGCGAAUGUCUAUGAACCAGAUUUUUGUCAUGAAGUAAAUUGUCUUGUGACCACGAUAAAUAACGAUUUAGCUGUUGUAUCAGUGUACAGGCCUCCAGCCUUUAAAAAUCUAGAGCCUUUUUUAAAGUCUUUGGAUCAAAUCUUGUCUACUCUUAAUCAUUAUAAAAAUAUAAUUUUAAUUGGUGAUUUAAAUAUUAAUAUUAAACCUGAGCAACUUAAUCCCAAACACACAGAAUACUUAAAUCUGCUCGCAUCUUACGGCCUUCUUGCCACACACACUCUUCCGACUAGAGAAUCUAAUUGUCUUGAUCACUGCUUCAUCAAAACAAAACUAAAACCUUUAACUAUAGUUUGUAAUUCAACUUUAACCGACCACUCCUGUCAUGCUAUCACUACGUUUGGAAAUGAAGAAUAGACCAAUACAAAAUAACUUUCGUACAAAAACGGAUUACGAUGCCGUGGUUGAAGAUUUAAAAAUGAUAAAUUGGGAAGACAGGUUUCAUAAUGAUGAUCCAAAUGACAUGACAAACACUUUCUUGGAUGUCGUUAAAAACAUCAUAUUGACUCACACAGUCACCUUUAAGCAGCCUAGGCGACAAGUGAUUGUUAAGCCGUGGAUUACACCGGGAUUAUGUAGAUGUAUGAGAAAUCGCGAUCACCUUCACCAAAAGCUGAGAAAGGAUCCAGAAAACUCAACUCUUGCUAUAACUUACAAGCGGUAUCGAAAUAAAUGCAAUAGUUUACUAAGAAACCUUAAAAAAGAUUAUUUUAAAUCUGAGUUAGCCAAAUCCAGUCGUAAUCUAAAAAAACAAUGGGGAUUGGUAAAAGAAAUGGCUAGUAUAAACAGUUCCCCAAAAACUUCAUCAGAGCUUAUAUCCUCUAAUUCAACAACUCAAGACGCGUUAAAUAACAUAAACAAAUACUUUGUCAAUGUCGGUAGUAAUUUAGCAAACGCUAUUAUGGCCAGGACCCUCACAAAUGAAAUAGAUUUAAGCAAGCGGGGUAGACCAGGUCCGAAGGGCAAACCCAUUAACUCUUUUAUGCUUCUCCCAACAGAUCCAAUAGAAAUUAAAGAAGUAAUUGCUAACUUGAAAUCGAAGAAUUCCUCGGGAUGGGACGGUGUUUCCACUUACUUUAUUAAAAGAACAGUAGAUUUCCUGACUGCACCUCUAGCGCAUAUUUACAAUGCUUGUUUUUCAAAAGGAGUGUUUCCAGAUGCUUUUAAAAAGUCUGUAGUUGUUCCUAUAUACAAAGCAGGAGACAAAACUUUGGUGUCAAAUUACAGGCCAAUCUCUCUACUUUCUAGUUUCUCAAAAAUUCUGGAAAAACUAAUAAAUAAAAGGUUAAAGUACUACCUAGAAACCCAUAAACUUCUCUCUGAUAAUCAGUUUGGGUUCAGAGAAAAAAUAUCAACCGCUGACGCUCUUCAUAGGGUAACUUCGUAUCUAGUCGAAAAAUUGGACAAAGGCCAGAAGUCUGUAGGUAUAUUCCUAGACUUGGCUAAGGCUUUCGACACCGUAUCUGUACCGAUCCUCAUAAAUAAACUCGAGACCUUAGGAAUUCGAGGAAUACCACUCCAACUUUUUCUAGACUACCUGACAAACCGAAAGCAGGUUAUAAAAAUUGAUAACAGUGUCAGUUGUGAGGAAAGUGUUGCUUUUGGUGUGCCUCAGGGCAGCGUAAUGGGUCCCACGCUGUUCCUAAUAUAUAUUAAUGACCUUUGCAAUUUGAUUUUGCGAAAUGGUCAAGUAGUAACAUUUGCAGAUGACACAGUUUUACUGUUCAGUUCCAAUACUUGGAAAGAAGUAACUGAAGCAGCAAAUGAAGGGUUUGCUAUAGUAACCUCUUGGCUGGACAAUCAUUUGUUGACACUGAAUCUUGAUAAAACUAAAUUUGUUACUUUUACUAUUAACGCCAGAACUCAACCUUCACCGGAUUCAAUAGUCAUACAAACUCACAACUGCAACAGCCCAUGUUCCUGUCAUUGCAAACCAAUUACUAAAACGAAUUCUAUAAAGUAUCUCGGCGUGGUAAUAGAUCAGAACUUAAGCUGGAAGGAGCAUGUCAUGAAAGUAGGAAAUCGUGCAAGAAAGUUGAUUUAUAUUUUUAAAACAAUUAGAAACGCUUGUGACAUUAAACUGCUAAUAAAAAUCUAUUUUGCAUUAUGUCAGUCUAUAUUGAUGUAUGGCUUGAAUGUAUGGGGAGGAACUUCAAAAACCACUAUGUUAGUGGUCGAAAGAGCUCAACGCAUGGUACUUAAGGUCAUUUCUCGCAAAAAGUACACUUAUCCGACACACCUACUUUACUCUGAUCUAGGGGUUCUCACGGUACGAAAAUUGUUUAUUAAAAUAGAGAUCAUGGCACAACAUAAGGUAAAACCGCACUUUACGAAUAGGAGACGUUUGGAUAUAGUUUAUAACAUACCCAAAUACCGUACUACCUUUGCACAUAAAUUCCAUAACUAUCUUGGACCUAGCCUUUACAAUACAAUAAGUAAAGAUCUUAAAUUGAAGAAUCUUGAUAGCCAAACAUGUAAAGAAACUUUGGAGAAAUACUUAAAAACACUAGACUACAACACCACUGAAAAUCUGAUAAAAAAAUUAGUAUAAAAAGAGCACAUAAAUGUAAGCACACAUCAACGCACACAUCAACGCACACUUACUGUAACUUACACAAAACAUACACUUAAACACACUCAUAUACAUACAUAAAAUAACACAGAUUAACUACAUACUUACUACACAUACUAUAAUUCACAAUAAUGUACUUAAUUUCUUAAAAUAGCUUUAAGAUAUUUGUUGCCUGAGUCAUUGUAACUGGAACCAUGUGUGAAUGUGUUGUAAUAAGGUUGAGGAAGACUAUCCGCUCGUGAUACAGUUCUACACUAGUACGAGGGGAUAGGGUGAACCAAUCCAAAGACAACCAAACCACUUUCAAUUUCAUUACGCUGUUUUUUACAUUUCUGCCUAAAUUCUACUGUGACAAUACCUUUAUUAAACUUUUGUAGAGCUUUGUAACUUGCUUAAUCCAACGCAACUAAAUGUAUUAUUCUGUAUAGUUGUCUCAUAUUUGUGAAUAAAGUUUUUUAUUAUUAUUAUUUAUUAUUACUUCUGCUCAGAUGUAGGUCAGAGCUCAAGAUUCGUGCCGAUUACUAUACUAUUCUAUUUUUCUCCUACAAAACAUCGGUCACCGAUUAUUGGACGUGCAUGAAGUAAUGUAGGAUAUCCAUGUGUAAAUGUAUGGUUACAAUAAUGUAUAGGAACAUGUACUCAACUAUUUAUUACUAUGAAUGAAAUGUUUAUAACUUUGUGAUAAAUUAUUAAAAAUAAUUCGCAUUUA